AGUGUUUGUCGUUGGCAUGGAAUAGUGUGGCGAAUAAUUUUUUUUUUAUUUUGCGAUUAUAGUUAGUACAUAAAGUCCGCCAAUUUUAAUUUUGUCGCGGACAUAUUUUAAUCCGAAAAUUCAAUCAACAAAAAUUGGCUGUGUCGCUAAAUUUGAAAAAAUUGAUCGAUUGGUUUAGUUUUUAGUCACGAUAAGUUUUCAAUUAAAAAUGGCCACAACGCUCCUCUACGUUGCAUUCGCAGUGUUAGCAUGCACAUGGUCCGUAGAAGGUAUGAGUAAUGUGUAUUAUACGAAUGACGGAACGGUGUAUUGUGACCAAUGUCCGUCGGGAACGAGAACCUACACGGAACGUAGAGUAAUAACACGUCCAGCUCAGACAUAUUCACUGCCAUACUAUACCGUUCAGGGGAGAGUGGUCAAUAGUGGUUCGACUGAUAAUACAAUAACACAGCAAACGUAUUAUAGCACAAAUGACGAAAACGGCGGCACAGUAGAUAGUCAAGGAUGCUCUCGAAAUCCCUGCGGUACAAAUGCAAUAUGUCAAGAAACCGUUGGCGGGCGUCCAGUGUGCUCUUGUCCAUCAGGCCAUUCAGGAAAUCCGACGACUUAUUGUCGUCGGGCCGAAUGUUUAGAUCAUUCGGAAUGUAGAGGAGACAUGGCUUGUCGAUCGGGCAGUUGUGUAAAUCCCUGUGCUGGUACAUGUGGCACUAAUGCUAAUUGUGAGGUGAGAAAUCAUGUCGCAGUUUGUAGUUGCCCCGGUGGUUAUAAAGGCGAUCCAUUUUCGUAUUGCCGUCGCGCAGACCCAGAGGAAUUGUGCCAUCCUUCACCUUGCGGCCAAAAUACAAAAUGUUCAGCUCAAAAUGGUGUACCGACCUGCUCCUGUUUACCCGGAUACACGGGAAGUCCAUUAAGUGGAUGUCGUCACGAAUGUGAAAGCGACGGUGAAUGUGGAUCGCAAGAAUUCUGUAAAGACUUUAGAUGCCAAUCGUCUUGUUCACAGUGUGGAGAUGGAGCUACAUGUGUUCGAACUACUAAUCAUCGUGCUGUAUGCGAAUGUCCAAAAGGAUAUAUUGGCAGCGCGUAUACGGAGUGUCGACCGGAAUGUUACGGAGAUGUUGAUUGUCCCUCAAAUCGACCGGCUUGUUUCUACGGAGUUUGUAAAAAUACUUGCGAUGGAGCAUGUGGUGUUGGGGCUGAUUGUAAUUUACGAGGUUUAACACCAGUGUGUAGCUGUCCACGAGACAUGACAGGCGAUCCAUUCAUCAGUUGUAGACCAUUUACGAAAGCCGAUCUGUGCGAACCAAAUCCUUGUGGGACAAAUGCACAAUGUGUACCAGGCCAUGACAACACUGGUCGUGAAAGACCUGUUUGCACAUGCUUCGCUGGAUACACAGGAAAUCCAUUAAGUUAUUGCGCCCGCGGGGAAUGCCAAACCGAUAGUGAGUGCAGUGACAAUCGAUCGUGUCUCAACUAUCAAUGCGUGAAUCCUUGUGUUGGCCAAUGUGGCGCCGGUGCAACAUGCGAAGCAAGACGACAUUUGGCCGUGUGUAAAUGUCCUCAUGGUACCGAUGGAGAUGCGUUGGUGUCAUGUAGACAAUCGAGAAAGUAUCCAGUAGCUCGAUAUCACAGAAAGUGAUAUGUUACAAGCCAGCGUACCGGUUCGAAUGGACCCCUUUGUUGCAGUGUUCUUUAUUUCAUUGGCAAUUUUUCUAAUCGCACAACAGAAAGCCAAAUAAAACAGUUUUUAAAAAAUUUA